AUGGCGCAUGCCCGGCGAGUAAAUUUCGUCAGAGUUGGUCAUCACAUCGAAUCUCUUGGACUUCAGACGUAUGGGAAGGAGAGAGUGGACGCCAGCACAUACGUACGCAGACGACCAGUGUUCAGAUAUGAGCCGGUCUUUGCACUCAGCGAAAUCGAGCUACCGGCUCUGUUUGGUCAACUACUACGCGAUGAACGCGAAAAGAACACUGUCGUCAAUCGAAAUGAUCCCACCCUACUCGAUAAAGAGCUCGACCAGCUGUUAGUCGAGUAUGGUCCUCUGAUCUGGCCUCAACCGGGUGAAGGAAGUAGAGACCAUCUCCGAGAACCACAAGAGGGUACCCAGUAUCCGGCUGCUUUGAUCUAUCCGAGAGAUAGUGCCACGACAAACAGAAAAGCCCGAGAUUACAAGCCAAGAGAUCUGAAUAUCGAUGGUAAGCCAUGGCUUCAAGGUUCCACAACCAUAAACCGAAGCAAGGACAUACCUGUGAGAAAGAGACGCAGCACUGGUACCAAUACAAGAGCAGACGAACCCCCUCCGCAACGCGCACGUUCCAAGGAAGACCAAACAGACGAUGACUCCGAUACGUCUGACGAUUCGGUGCUGGGCACCAAGAUAGGGUGUCCGACCCGCAGGACAAGCGCGCAUUCACCCGACCCGAUGCUCUUUAAAGUCGAAUUGCGAAUUUAUCGCACCAAACCACCGGGCCAGCCAAUCGGCCCUGGUCCAACCUGGUCCUACGGCAGUUUGAUGUUCAUCGGCAAAGAAACAACAUGUGAAGAAUUCUUCGGUCUCAUAUGCAAUUACACCAAGGCCGACUGCAGCUUCAUCAUUUCCCACUUGCCCGAAGAUAUGUCCAUGGACGGAAGGGUGUGCAUCGACCGAGGAUCCAAGGAAUCUGAGAUGGUCUACCGACGUACUCUGGGUAUUUUGCAAAGGGCAAGGCGAUUUCCAUGCGGUCCUUUGCACCGUUCGGUUGAGCUGGAGAUUGGGUUCGAGAUUGUCGUGGAUUAG